UUGGAGGAGGAGGAAGAGGAGAAGGCGGAGCCGCCGGGCGGGAAGGCGGCCGGGCGGAGAGAGCGGCGGCGGCGGCGGCGAUGACCCAGCAAGGCGCGGCGCUGCAGAGCUACAACAACGAGCUGGUCAAGUGCAUCGAGGAGCUGUGCGCCAAGCGGGACGAGCUGAGCCGGCAGAUCCGGCAGGAGGAGGAGGAGAAGGCGAAGCUGCAGGGCGACCUCCGCCAGCUGACCGAGCGCCUGGCCCGCAUCAACGAGACCCUGGCCCACAAGAUGGCCUCGCGCAACGAGUUCGACAAGACCAUCGCCGAGACCGAGGCGGCCUACAUGAAGAUCCUGGAAAGCUCGCAGACGCUGCUUAACGUGCUGAAGAAGGAAGCCGGGAACCUGGCCAAAGCCACCGAGUCCAAGAGCCUCCCCGCCAAGGACAGCUGAGGGGGUCUGGUGGGGGGGGGGGAAGCGGGGACCACCAAAUAAAAGUUUUCUUGGAUUUCUCAAAAGACUCUCCUGGAGCUUUCAAUGGGGGGGGGCAUAAGGUUUAGCAAUAGCAAUUAGACUUAUAUACCGCUUCAUAGGGCUUUCAACCCUC